AUGACGCCGCGCUCUUGUGACUCAAGGGCUCCGCCUCCGCCGCGCCAAAUCUCAACUUCCCCAUCUCCUCCUACUCCCACCACCACCGCAACACCUUCACCAACCCACCCAUGUCCCCCAAAUCCAUCCAAAGAAUCGCCGCCGCCGCCACAUUCUCCGCUCCCGAACACCCAAAUCCUCUCCCGUUACCGCCGCAGUUCCAGCCUCUCGACAACAACUAUUAUGAUUAUGUUCAUCAGAGUGUUGAUCCUACUGAGCGUCGCAUUGUCGACAUCUUCUCGAUCUCGUCGUGGCAAGGGUUCGACGAAUUCGACCAGCAGCAACAACGUCACGGCGACGAACAACUAA